GAACUUCUCUAGGCUGAGAUAGCGACUCCCUGCGCUCAGAGGCAAUCGGGCCUCGGGCGACUCUCUUCAACAUUGAAAGAACCGCUAGCCACCAACCCCUUUUCUUUUCGCAGUCGAGGGCACUGUUGCUCCUGAAUCAGCAGCAUGGCUCCUGCGUCACACUCGAUAUCAGCCAUCAUGGCGCGAUCUGAGCCCCUCUCUGGAGGCGCGAUUGCUGGGGCUGUCGUGGGAAGUCUGGUUGGCGCUGCUCUGGUCUUUCUGGUUCUUGGCUUCAUUUACUUCCGCAUAAAACGCAAGAUCAAAGAGUCAGAGGCCGAGGCUGGCAAGGUGUCUCCUCUCCCGCAGCCUCCAGUAGCCCGCCGGGCGUCUUUCACAGGACCAGGAUACUCUGCGCAUCCCUACGUCCCGCCGUUUCCGGGAGACGAGCUUACGACAAAAGAACAUGAGGAACAGCCAAGCACAAGCGAAGCCAGCCAAACAACUGAGAGAUCUGAACCAUCGAGCUUUCUGGCGACGGCUGAUCGAGCUGCCAUCGAUGGCUCGCCACCAGUACCAAUGGAACCAGCACCGCCAGCACCAGGGAUUGCAGCGCCUAUUGAGCAGGAUCCGCUCGCCAUGGAAGGUCCGCCGAUGGGUGUGGCAAGCCAGGAGAUGCGCGAGACACAACCAGAACACCACGAAGCAGCCAACGCUAGUUACUAUGACACCCGGAUAUCCCUCGACUCGGAUCCCCCAGCACCUGGCCCGGGAAGCCCGACUGCGGCGAUGCACGAGAUGUACGAGGCGCAAAUCAAAGAGUCGAGAGAAAUGAAUAAGAAGAAGCAGAGCACCAGCUCAGUCAAAAGAUUCUUCGGCACGCUCAUGAAAGGUCGCCAGUCGACGCAAUCUUCCAACGAUGGUUCACGUGGAGUGGAUACGCCGGCGUGGACACCUUCGGCGCAGGCCAGCAGAGUUGGCACAGGGCUGGAAUCGGUGGAGAUGCAGAAUGCGCAAAACCUGCAUUUCCCCGGCUCACGCCAAAUCUUUGACGAGCCCGAGGACAUGGGGGACUUUGCCGGCCCCGGCACUGGCGGUUUUGCGCAACCCCCAAGUGGGAGGUCGCCAAUUGACGUCGCGCCCCAGACGCGUGCACGGAGGAUGGGGACGGAAGCGCAGCAGCUGGCACGCAUCAACUCGUGGCGCAAGGAUUCCAGGAUACGGGAGACGACAGAAGUCGACCCGGAGCUGCCGUCUGCUGUUUACGGGUCGAGGUUCGGCUCGACCGACAGCUACUACGGGGGCGGGUUCCCUCAAUCCACUGCGCCCCCGGCAGCACAGCCGCCCCACUCCGGCCGCCAAGAGCCGCAGGCCGAGCGGCCUCACGACAUGGAGCGACUUAAGAGUCCUGAGAUUCCGGAACCCGUCUACGAUGACCAGUCCAAUGGCAUGCUCGCCGGCCCUCAAGCUAUCGCCACCUCACUAUCGCCGUCGCCACCUCUCUCCUCCGAGAACUUUGUCCGCCCAAUGCACGUCAUGCAGCCUACCACUUCCACCGAGAAGUACUACCACACAGACUACCGGCUCGAGAACCCAAUCUCCCCGGUCGAAGGCCCGGCGAUAUCGUCUCCAGAGAUGACGACAAGCCCGGAGCUGCACCACAACGGCGGUAACAACUAUGUGCUGUCGUCAGAGCACCACGGCAUCGACCCGAUGGACGAGUUUCUUGACAUUCCGGGCUAUGAUGAACCGCGGCGCUCCAGCGAAUCAUACGACUACUCGGUGUCCAUGGGCCCGAGCUCGACAGAUCCGUCGAGCGGUCGGACACCGGACACACGCAUCACCAUGUCCCCUUCCCCCUUCCCCAUGCCCUUCCAACACCAAGUCCAACCCCACCAACAGCAACAGUACCACCACCACCACCAGUCCCCUUCUAGUGGUGACUUUGCGGGCUCGAGCGCCUCGCCGGAGCCGACCCAGCUGUCCCCUCCGCACGGCCCCGGCAGCCUCAUUUGUGACGAGUGCGGCCGUACAUUUGAUCAGAUCCACAAGCUCAACCACCACAAGCGGUACCACGACCGCAAGCACGAGUGCCCCUACCAGGGCUGUGACAAGAGGUUCGGCACCAAGACGCACCUGGACCGGCACAUCAACGAUAAGCACCUCAAGUCCAAGGCGUUCCACUGCACUGAGCCCGGGUGUGCAUACUUCAAGGGCGGCAAGGCGUUCCCCAGAAAGGACAACUGGAGGCGGCACAUGGUCAAGAAGCAUGGGGCGAACCAGCAGACUUUCGACGCCAUGGACGAAGGCAUGGACUGAGCGGACCCGUGGGGUUAACCCGUGGUGUGCUGGUCCUGCAAGGAGCGAUUUCCUCCUGGCCAUCGUCCUCCUUUUGGCCCAAAUCCCGGACCGGGGGGGUUUAUUGGUUGUCGUCCUUGAUAUCUCUUCUCUCCCUCUCUCUCAUUCAUAGGACAUGUUUGGUUGCGUUAUUUCGGGGGCAUAUGUAAACAGCAAGCGUAUCUGUUUGUCUAUGUGGGAAAUUUCUUGUCAUCUUUUUUCUCUCU